AUGCAAAUAAUUAUGAGCAAUAAUAAGAAUUCACCUGAAUGUACUAACCUACAACCAUUAUCAAUUAAUAAAUAUGAUAUCGAACUUGAAAAUCUGCAUAUUCAACGGCAACCUACAUUUUCUCAUAUGAAUAAAAGUAACGAACAUCAUCAUGAAAAUGUGUAUUCAAUACCAUUAAAACAAAAUGAAGAUGAUCAAAUAUUAUCCACGAAGAGUUUAGUUUUGAUUCCAGCGUAUACUAAUCCAUUUCCUACAAAAUUGUUUGCUGAAAAUAAAGCAUUGACAAGAAUGGCUCGAUCGUUUUUAUCUGUACUCAUCCUAAUUCUUCUUCCACUGGUAUUGCUCAUAGGAGUUAUCUUUCGAUACAGUGUCAAUUCAUUUAUAUAUGCAUUUCUUUUAUUGGUUCUUCCAUGGCUUGGUCCAAUAACUGAAAAAAAUAUUCGAACACGUUUUCGCCCAUUUAUUCUACUUAUCGGUUUGAUAAGUUUGCUUACAGUUGCUGCGCAAAUUAUAUUUCAAUCGAUUAUUCUUGCAAAAAAACCCUACGGCCAUACGCUCAAGAAUUGUACUGAACUAACUCAAACACUUCGAUAUUUUGGUUUAGAACGUCUUGAUAAUUCGAAUGCUCUUCGAAUUUUACGUUUAAUCUUUCCCGAUAUAAUCAUUUUUGCUAUAUCAACCGUUUGCUGUUGUGUCAUCCGACGUAGAUUAUCAUUACCUAGACAUCGAGAAACAAACGAAAUUUUACCAUCGCCUACAACAUCACCAUUAACAACGAGCAGUGCUAGUACGAGUACUGAUACUGGAAGUGAACAAAAAUUGUGGCCAAGAUUAUUAUCUAUAUUAAGACGAUUACGUUUAUUCGUUCAAUUCGUUCUUGUUGGUUUUGCUGCCUUUGUCUAUCCAAGUAUUAUCAAUUCGGUUUAUUUUAUUUUUUUCCUUAUAAUUGUAUUCAUUUGGUCAUUAUCGGUUAAUUUUGGCAGAAAAUAUACAUCCGCUCGAGUUUUAUUAGCCAUUUACGCAGGUGUACAUUUACUAACUUUUUAUCUUUAUCAAUUUGAAUUUUUCCAAGAAGCUUUACCACCUUUAUCAUUAUGGAGCAAUAUUACAGGUUUAACAGCAAUCGUUACAAGUAAUUGUACGAAUACAGAACCGGAUCUCGAUAGAAAAUUAGUAUGGACUGAUUAUGUUAAUCCAUGCGCCGUGCUUAUUUUAUAUUUUUAUUUUGCGUUUGAAACAAAUCAAAUACUUUCGCAACGGGUACGAUCGAAUAUUACAACAGUUCAAGCACUUGAACAACAGAGUUUGGUACACAGUUCCGAAGGUCGUGAUGCUAUUGAGCAAGGUUCACCUACGCUACAUCGACGAUGGAGUAUAGAGCAACCUGGAGAUCAAACAUGGCAAGGCAGAAUUAUUUUCGUCGUUUUUUCGAUCUUUCAUGUACUCGAACGGCAAAGUUAUUUAUUGUCAUUGAUUGCAAUGCUGGCAUGGAGUAUAACGUUUCAUAGCUUAUUAACGUUAGUUUAUCUUCUUUGGGCAUGUUUUAUUUGGGUAUUACCAAAUUCUCGGCAAUGGUGUUUGAGAAUGAGUCCAUAUUUUACAAUUUACGGAGGAGCAUUAUUAAUAAUACAAUAUUUAGUUGGUUUUAAAGUUAGUUUUGAUCAAUUGAAUUUUUCCUAUGAUCGUCGAACAAUGGAACAAAUUGGCAUUCGUAUAGAAGAUUUUCAGCCGGCAUUUAUUCCAUUAAUUCUUAAACAUAUUCCACAGAAUUAUGAUUUAAUAAGUAAAACAGAUUGGUGUCAUCUGUCGAAUAUUGUUUAUGCGUUCGAUACAUACUGUGUUAAAACUUAUCUUGAACAUCGUACAAAUAUAUUUCAGAAUGAAAUAUCACAAAAAGAAAAACAGCUGAAUCAUUAUAAAAUGUUACCAAUGAGCAUAACUUUUGCACUAGGUUCAUUUCUCAAAGAAUUACCUGCUUUUCAGUCUCUUUCGCGUACUAAUCAAUUGUUUCUAUGUAAAAAUAAUCUUCGCCAAUUGAUUUUUAUGAACUUUCAUGAGCUCAAUCAAGCAUGUUUUUCUGAACCAUGGCAGAUCGACGCCUGUAAAUCUAUUUGGGAAUUCAUUUGUGGUCCGGACUUGCAUAAACAAUUCGCUAGUAUUCAAAUAUCAGCUGAAAAAUUAAUAAUAACUGACCCGAUAAUGACACGUCUUUGGAUUAUUAUAUUAUUUUUUUCUACGCCUCUUUUUUCUUAUUACGAUCCAAAAUCUACAGCGAUAAAAGUUAGAAAAAACUCUCUCUUUAUUGAUAUUCAAACUAUUUAUGUAAAUCUUCUAUGGAAAUACUUGUUAAAUCGUCAUGGCCCGAUGGAAUCCAUUCGAAUUUAUUCCAAUCUUGCUUUUGCUUUUUUGAGUAUGUUACGCAUCGGACUUGAAGUUAAUAUUAGAUUGCGAACACGAAAAGAUCUAGCACCAAUACACGAAACACUUGAUGAUCUGGUAAAACUUGAUAUUAAUGCUGAUUGA